UAAGAGAUGCUACGACUGAGUAUGAUAUUCGUUUAGUGUCUCACAGCACGCCUGCCUGUCGUCCUGCACACAGCUCACCCUUACCAUGGCUUCUCGCAUCCCGGCAAUCACACUACACAACGGAGGGAAGAUGCCUUCGGUGGGGCUUGGGACGUUUCAGGGCCAUGACGACGAGAUGCGGCAAGUCCUGAACGCGGCCCUCGAGUGCGGCUACCGGCACAUCGACACGGCCACAGUGUACAAGAACGAGGCUGAGAUCGGGGACGUCCUUCACGAGUGGCUCUCCAGCGGUCGCGUCGCCAGGGAGGAACUCUUUGUGGUGACGAAGCUACCCAUGACUGGCAACCGCUCUGGAGACGUGGGUAGAUGUCUCCAGGAUUCCUUGGAUAAGUUGCGUCUCUCUUAUGUGGAUCUCUAUCUUAUCCACAGUCCAGUUGGAAUGAAGGCCAACAGCAAAGGCGUGCUUGACUUGGAGACAAAUCACGAGGAAAUCUAUAAGGCAAUGGAAGAACAGGUGGACGCAGGCAAAGCAAAAGCCAUUGGCCUCUCGAACUUCAACAGCAAACAAAUUGAAAGGAUUUUAAAGGUGUGCCGCAUCAAGCCAGCCAACCUGCAGGUGGAAGUCCACGUGUACCACCAGCAGAAGGCGCUGCGGGAGCUCUGUCGCGCCUUCGACAUCCCCGUCUGCGCCUACUGCCCUCUCGGCGCCCCGCACGCUGCCGAAGGAUCCGACGAAUACCCGAUCCUUCUGCAGCAUCCAGUGGUGACCUCAAUGGCCAAGCGCCUUGGUAGGACCCCAGCACAGGUCCUCCUCAGGUUUUUGAUCCAGAACAACUUGGUCGUCAUUCCGAAGUCCACCAAUCAGAAACGAGUCAAAGAGAAUUUCAAUGUGUUUGACUUCGAGCUGAGCAGCGAAGACGUGGCAUCGCUAGAAACCUUGGACCGGAAAGGCGACGGACGCGUUAUAGACUUCAAGUCAUUAUUCGAAGGGAUCGAGAACCAUCCGGAAUGGCCCUUCGGCAUCCCCUAUUAAGGAGACGACUUAAGAAAGUGCACAGCUCGGAGACGACCUUAUCCUCGAUGCCGGCUUGCAUUCGUGGUGUAUGUCUUGAUUAUUCUAGAAGCGGCCGAGAGGGUUCCAUGCUUACCUCUCUAUUAAAUAUAGUUGUUUAUUUGUCUAUCGCUUCCUAUUUCUCUAUUUUUCUCCUCUCUCUUUCUCUCUCUCUCAUACACACACAUACACUCUAUCUACCUAUCUAUCUAUCAAUACAACCCACACACACC